AUGUCCCUGCACAACGGCUGCAUUCUCGUGCUCUCAGUGGCCAUUCUGACGCUGACUACUUUCACCACCACCACCAACACUCAUGUCCUCAAAGAUGAGCCCACUCCAGCACCAACGCCCACUCCUACUUCCACCCCACCCAGCCCAAACACUGUAGAAAUCUUUGUCCAGAAUGGCCGCCUAAUCGGCGAGAAGGUGCACAUUCGAGAUCUGGAGAACCGCUCUGUAGUGCGCUUUCUAGGCGUUCCCUAUGCAAAACCGCCUCUAGGUCGACUUCGCUUCCGCCGUCCUGAACCUCUGACAAAGUGGACCGAGCCAGUGAGGGCGUUACACUGGCCGGCCAGUUGCAUUCAAAAGAAGGCCGCUCUCAAGCGGUACAUCAACCAAAACAUGUCAGAGGACUGCUUGAAGCUGAACCUCUGGACGCCAGGCGUCAACGCCGAUGAGCACAGUCUCCGACCGGUUCUCUUCUGGAUUCCAGGCGGCAGUUUUCACUUUGGCAGCGCCUCCUUUGACUUGUACAAUGGCGAGGCGCUGGCUGUGAUGUCUAACUCGGUGGUAGUCACCAUCAACUACCGAGUUUCAACAAUGGGCUUUUUUUACUCCGACCAAGUGGAGGGCAUUAAGGGCAAUGCGGGCUUGUUCGACCAGGCCCUAGCUUUAAAAUGGGUUUCAGAAAAUAUUCGCUACUUUGGCGGCGAUCCAAAUAAGGUGACCAUCAUGGGCGAGUCAGCCGGCUCCUGGUCAGUCAGUUUGCACAUUCUCUCUCCAGUGACGAGGGGCCUUUUCUCUAAUGCAGUCAUGAUGUCUGGGGCGGCGCUGGUGAAGAGUGUCAUCACGCCAGAGCAAAUGCUGCCUAAACUGCUGAAGGGCAUCAGUAAAGUGGGUUGUGCGGCGGAGAAUGUAACCGGCAUCACCGAAGAGGUAGUCACCUGUUUGCAGACGUUGGGUGCUGAGCAG